AUGAAUCCAUGUGCGAUCAGGUUGGCGUGGUUGCUGUUUGCAACGCUGGUUUUGGCUGCGAGCAUAGAGGCUGUGCUUGUGAAAGUAAUACUCUAUAACGAUUUGGAAGAUAAGAAGGAACUGACCAUCCAUUGCAAAUCCAAGGACGACGACCUCGGCGUUCAUGUUCUUUCUUACAGGGAAUCCUAUGGUUUCCGAUUUCAACCAAACUACUUCGCUCGGACCUUAUUUUUCUGUCGCGUGACAUCGAAUGGAAAAUCGCAUUGGUUCGACGUUUUCGAUGGAGAGAGGGAAUGGACUUGGGGUGAGGGUUGCCUAGAAACAGAUGAUAAAUGCGUGUGGAAUGUAAGACAAAACGGUCCUUGUACGGGGACUUUUAAUCAUUGUUACGGUUGGAACAAGUAG